CCUGAAUUUCAAGGACCCUGAGGCGGUGAGAGCUCUGACGUGUACCCUCCUGAAGGAGGAUUUUGGGCUUACGAUUGACAUCCCGGUGGAAAGGCUUAUUCCUACCGUUCCCUUGAGGCUGAACUACAUCCACUGGGUGGAGGAUCUCAUUGGUCACCAGGAUGCCGACAAGCAAGUCCUUAGGCGAGGCAUUGACAUAGGGACAGGGGCAUCCUGCAUAUACCCAUUACUUGGAGCAACUUUGAAUGGCUGGUAUUUUCUUGCAACAGAAGUGGAUGAUAUGUGCUUCAAUUACGCCAAGAAGAAUGUGGAACAGAAUAACUUGUCUGAUCUUAUAAAAGUGGUUAAGGUACCACAGAAGACUCUUCUGAUGGAUGCACUGAAAGAGGAAUCUGAGAUUGUUUAUGAUUUCUGCAUGUGCAACCCCCCCUUUUUUGCCAACCAAUUGGAAGCGAAGGGAGUAAAUUCUCGAAAUCCGCGGCGUCCCCCUCCCAGUUCUGUAAAUACAGGAGGGAUCACAGAAAUCAUGGCUGAGGGGGGAGAACUAGAAUUUGUCAAAAGAAUUAUUCAUGAUAGUCUACAACUUAAAAAGAGGUUACGGUAA